GCCAAUAUGACAUCAUGUGACCACCCCCCUCCACCCAAUCAGGCAGGUGGACCAAAAACGCCACCAAACAACACGUGCUUCAAUAACUGGCAAAAAUCACUGUUUAUCCCCUCUUCUCGCGGCUCAAGACCUACAAACAAUAUUAUUAGAUGUAUCUUGGCGGUGAGGAUCAUCGUAUAAGAAGAUUUCUCUUUCUUCUUCUACAGAAAAUUUUCUCCAAAGAAAUUGCUUCACGAUGCAGAUCACCAAGAUCCUUGUCGCCAGCGCCCUCGCAGCUACGUGCUCCGGCACUGCUGCUCCUCUUCCAACCCCUGCUGCUAUUCUGCCACGACUCAGCAGUAACGAGUGGAUUAAUUACACCACGUUGACAGGAUUCUUUGCUCAAGAUGAUCCUGCCACGAACCCGAGUACUUUCGAUUACACAACGACCAACUUCGGACUUCUGAAUAUCACAUAUCCUACAGAUGAUGAAGUCGACCCAACAUGGACCCAAUGGCAGAAAUUCGAGCAUCACGUUUGGCGUCUCAACAGAGGCAGUGGACGGUUUGUGCAGUACAAAGUGCUCUACAUGGGCCGCCACGGUGAAGGCUACCACAACGUAGCCGAGUCCUACUACGGGACUCCAGCCUGGAACUGCUACUGGUCCGAAAAAGACGGCAACGGCACAAUCACAUGGGCCGACGCCAAAAUAACCCCCAACGGCGUCGCCCAAGCGCAAAAAGCCAACGCCUUCUGGGCAUCCCGCAUUGCGCUCCAGAAAAUCCCCGUCCCAGAAACGUACUAUACAUCUCCUCUAACCAGAUGUCUGCAAACAUCCAACAUCACGUUUUACGGCCUCGAUUUACCGAGCAGACAGCCGUUCAUCCCCACCGUCAAAGAGCUGUUCCGAGAGGGCAUCAGUGGACAUACAUGCGAUCGGAGAGGGACAAGGACGUAUAUCCAGGAUGCGUAUCCGGGGUAUAAAAUCGAGGCUGGGUUUUCGGAGGAUGAUUUGCUGUGGAAACCGUUGAUGGGUGAGGUGCCGACUGAUGAGGAUGUGCGGAGCAAGAGGGUGCUCGAUGAUGUUUUUGCGGGUGAUGAUAGUACUUAUAUUUCGAUCACGAGUCAUUCGGGGGAGAUUGCUAGUAUUUUGAGAGUUCUUGGACAUCAACCGUUCUCGCUUAGUACAGGGGCGGUUAUUCCUGUUCUUGUGAAGGCGGAGAUUAUUCAGAGGGAUGUUCCUGCGACGACUACGCUUCCGUGGACUGCGUUGUCUACUUGUAGUACUGUCCCACCACUUCCGACUGCUACUUAAUUUUCAAUAUUGAGUUGAAUUCCUUGAGGGUAGUGGAGGAUGUUUAUGCACAUGAUUGCUCUUUAGCUUAAGAUAAUAAUGCCUCAUACAUAAUUGGAUCAAGUUUGGUCUCGAUUAAUGACACUCUACCCAUAAUCUUGUCAUGAGAUGAAGCUUGGAAACGUGCAAAUCUAGAUCCAAGUUCCCGACUCCGCUGUUCCUGAUCCUACCAUUGUCUUACCUGCAGCGCCAAGGUGACGCAAGUGAAUGGUGGCUCAGU